GGGUACAAAGUUCCUGCAACUGUAUAAAGACCUAGCUUUUAGCUUAAUCCCGGAGCAGAAACCUGGCAUCAUAAGUUUUAAGUUUCCUGGGCCUAAAUCCUCUUACCAACAAACCCAACUCAGCCCCAGUCACUCACAGAGGACCAGAUUUAUCAGUAUCAGAGCUAAACCCUUCGGCUCUCUGGCUGGCAGUUGAAAAACAAACCGACACUUCUCCCUGGCUUCCAACUCUUUCACUCUUUAACUGUUCAACUUCCCAAUCUCCGGCAAUGGGAGAAACUGAUUCUUUCUUCUCUGAUAAAUCGGCGAAGAUCUUCGUAGCAGGCCACAGAGGACUAGUGGGUUCAGCCAUUGUCCGCAAGUUCCAAUCUCUAGGCUUCACCAAUCUCGUCCUCCGCACCCAUGCUCAGCUCGACCUCACCCACCAAUCCGACGUCGACUCCUUUUUCGCCACCGAAAAGCCCCAAUACGUCAUCUUAGCAGCCGCAAAAGUGGGUGGAAUCCACGCCAACAACACGUAUCCAGCAGAUUUUAUUGCCGUCAACCUCCAAAUCCAAACCAACGUCAUCGAUUCCUCGUACCGCCACGGCGUCAAAAAAAUCCUCUUCCUCGGAUCCUCUUGCAUCUAUCCCAAAUUUGCUCCUCAACCCAUCCCGGAAAACGCGUUGUUAUCCGCCCCCCUGGAGCCUACCAAUGAAUGGUAUGCCGUCGCGAAGAUUGCGGGGAUUAAAAUGUGCCAAGCGUACAGAAUCCAAUACGGCUUCGAUGCUAUUUCCGGUAUGCCAACAAAUUUGUACGGUCCCAACGACAAUUUUCACCCCGAAAAUUCCCACGUUUUGCCUGCGUUGAUGCGAAGAUUUCAUAAGGCCAAGGUGGAAGGAGCAAAAGAAGUUGUUGUUUGGGGGACCGGGAGUCCGCUAAGGGAAUUUUUACACGUUGAUGAUUUAGCUGAUGCGGUUGUUUUCUUAAUGGGAAAUUAUAGUGGAUUAGAACAUGUGAAUGUAGGUAGUGGGAAGGAGGUAACCAUUAAGGAAUUAGCUGAGUUGGUUAAGGAAGUGGUUGGUUUUGAAGGGGAGCUCGUUUGGGACACUUCGAAGCCCGAUGGGACUCCAAGGAAGCUCAUGGAUAGCUCAAAGCUCGCUUCAUUGGGUUGGAAUGCCAAGAUUUCAUUGAAAGAUGGGCUUGUUGAUACUUACAAGUGGUACUUGGAGAAUGUCAAGCAAUGAUGCAGUUGCUUUUGGUGGUUAUUUCCUUGAUGAGUUUUUAAAUCGGGCCAUUCCUUUGUUGUUUUUUGUGCUUGAAAUUGUCAUUAUUAUUGUUAUUUUCUGAUAUGCCAUGGAAUAAUUUGAGGUUAAUUCUGUACCAAUAUAUUGCAUCCAAGUUGAACAUGAGGAAUUCCUUUUUAUUUAAGGAGUGAGGUAGUUGGAUCAAACUUAUAUUCAAGGAAUUGACUGGAAUUUAUUCAUUUUGAAAUGGAUAAGUUAUGUUUGAUUA